AUGUACGGCCCUCCGGUGGAUCUAUCAUUUAAAGAUAUCUGUCAUGUUACAGGUGCGCUGUCUGAGGCACCCCGAAGUGGCUUGCGGCCGAUAACCGCAAACUCAGAAGGGAAGUACCUGAGCCGCUGUUUGCGUCUCAAUAACAACAGCAUCUCCGACGUCGUUGGCCUCCAGCACGUGCUCGACCACUUUCUGGCUCAACCGUCGAAGCUCGGCUGGCUGGACCUCUCGUUUAACAAAAUCACAAACAUAGACCCGGUUUUGUGCGAGCUGCGUGAACUGCGUGUGUUGUACCUUCAUGGCAACCACCUCUGGAACCUGUCAGAGGUAGACAAGCUGAGGGAGCUGCAGCAUCUUCACACCAUCACGCUACAUGGAAAUGCCAUGGGAAAUAACAGAAACUACAGGUACCAUGUGGUUUUGGCCCUGCCUCAGCUGAAGAAGAUGGAUUUCAACGCUAUAACACGCGAGGAGCGAGUUUUGGCAAACGCUUGCCCUCAGUGAGAGUCUCCAGUGACUGUCACCAAUUUAUUUAGUC